AUGGGGCUUGUUGCCCGCUCCGCCCGCAGCGAUAGCCAGCACGGUGGAGGAUUUCGGAGUAAAGGGACUCCAACUGGUCAAGGUUCCUCAGCUUCUGCUUGGCCAGAAUCCACUGCCCUCAGGCUGUCUAUGGCCCUGGCACAGGGCAGGCACUCUGGGGCCAACAAAGGCUGCUAUGAGGUCACCAUGCUGGCGGCGAAGGUGUACAGUGUCCUAGAAGAGAGGUACUGUGAGAAAUUACCUCGUCUCCUGCUCCUGAUAACGGCUGAAGGUAAAGCCUACAUAGCAGAUAGUGGGUUUGGAAUUGCCUCUUACCAAACGUGGCAGCCGAUAGGGCUGGUUUCCGGAAAGGACCAGCCCCAAUCUCCCGGCAUCUUCCGCCUGGCGGAAGAUAAUGCAGCCUGGUACUUUGGUAAAAUAAAAAGGAAACCAUACACCACAAACCGAAUACUCUCUCAUCUGGGGAAGAGAGAUUACAGAAAAAUCUACUCAUUCACUUUUGAGCCUCACACCAUAGAAGACUUCUCUUAUGCAAACAAAUAUCAUCACAACUCUCCAGAAUCAAUGCUUACCAAAAAUUCCAUCUGUUGCCUAUGGACUUUGGAGGGGUCGAGCACUUUAACUGGCUGGACCCUAACCACGGUGAUAUUCAAUUAUAAGGAUGACACGGACCUGGUGACAUCCACGACUGUGAAAGGUAAAGACAUAGAGAAGAUUCUGAGGGAAAAAUUCAAUAUAGUUUUGGAGAGAAAGUUUGUACCAUGUUCUUCCAAGGACGUGGCGUUGUUAGAUUAG